GGGUUAUGUAUGAUUUUGCUGCUGAACCUGGAAAUAAUGAACUGACAGUUAGUGAAGGAGAGAUCAUCACCAUUACAAACCCGGAUAUUGGUGGAGGAUGGCUGGAAGGAAGAAACAGCAAAGGAGAACAAGGGCUUGUUCCCACAGACUAUGUGGAGAUUUUACCCAGUGAUGGAAAAGACCAAUUUUCUUGUGGGAAUUCUGUGGCUGACCAAGCCUUUCUCGAUUCCCUCUCAGCAAGUACAGCAGCACAAGCCAGUUCAUCCGCGGCCAGCAGUGCUAACCAGGCUGGUAGUAGUAAUGACCCCUGGUCAGCCUGGAACACCCCUAAAUCUGGGAACUGGGACAGCUCAGAUGGCUGGGGGUCCAAGCCAGAGGCAACUGGUACGCAGAGAAACACUUCCAACAACUGGGAUGCUGCCUUCGGCCACCCUCAGGCCUACCAAGGACCAGCAACUGGUGAUGAUGAUGACUGGGACGAAGACUGGGAUGAGCCCAAGUCCUCUUACUUUAAGGAUUCGGAAGCGGCUGAUGCAGGCAGUGCCCAGCGAGGAAGCACACGGCCUGGUGCCUCGUCCAUGAAGCUGCCACUUAACAAGUUUCCUGGAUUUGCAAAACCUGGAAUGGAGCAAUAUUUGUUGGCCAAGCAACUAGCAAAACCCAAAGAGAAAAUUCCCAUCAUUGUUGGAGAUUAUGGCCCCAUGUGGGUUUAUCCUACCUCUACCUUUGACUGUGUGGUAGCAGAUCCUAGGAAAGGCUCCAAGAUGUAUGGUCUGAAGAGCUACAUUGAGUAUCAGCUGACACCCACUAACACUAAUCGAUCUGUAAACCACAGGUAUAAGCACUUUGACUGGUUAUAUGAACGUCUCCUAGUUAAGUUUGGGUCAGCCAUUCCAAUUCCUUCUCUUCCAGACAAGCAAGUCACAGGUCGCUUUGAAGAAGAAUUUAUCAAAAUGCGCAUGGAGAGGCUUCAGGCCUGGAUGACCAGGAUGUGCCGCCACCCAGUGGUCUCAGAAAGUGAGCUUUUCCAGCAGUUCCUGAACUUCCGAGACGAGAAGGAAUGGAAAACCGGAAAGAGGAAGGCAGAAAAAGAUGAGCUGGUGGGAGUUAUGAUAUUUUCCACCAUGGAACCAGAGGCACCUGACUUGGACCUAAUAGAAAUAGAACAGAAAUGUGAUGCUGUGGGGAAAUUCACCAAGGCCAUGGAUGACGGUGUGAAGGAGCUGCUGACCGUGGGGCAGGAGCACUGGAAGCGCUGCACUGGGCCACUACCCAAGGAAUACCAGAAGAUAGGAAAGGCGUUACAGGGCUUAGCAACGGUGUUUAGUUCUAGUGGUUACCAAGCUGGUGUCAAGCCCAAGGGAGCCAUAGAAAAGGUGAAGGAAAGUGACAAGCUAGUUGCAACGAGCAAAAUCACUCCACAGGACAAACAGACUAUGGUGAAGCGAGUGGGCACCAUGUCUUACGCUUUGCAAGCUGAGAUGAAUCACUUCCACAGUAACCGGAUCUAUGACUACAACAGUGUCAUCCGCCUCUACCUGGAGCAGCAAGUACAGUUCUAUGAAACGAUCGCAGAGAAGCUGAGGCAGGCCCUCAGCCGCUUCCCCGUCAUGUAGAGCAGAGCAGACACGAAGAAACGCCGAAGUGCUUCUUUCUGACUUGGGACAAUGUCACUCAGUCAUCUUGUUUUCCUCCCUCUCAUGAAGAAAACCUGAAAGAAACAAACAGAAAGAAAACCAAAAACAAAAGAGGGUUUUCACAAAUGUUUUUUGUUGUUAGUGAAUUACGUCCACUGCGGAGGGAUGGUCAUCUUGUUAUUUAAACCAAUGGAAAUUGUCUCUAUUUUUGGAAGGACUUAAAUUUUUAGGAUUUUGAAUGGAGAAUUAGGGGAUGCCCUCCACCAAUAUUUUACAUAGAAUCGAAGCUUAUGUUACGGUGAUCUUAUAGUUGUUACCCAAUGUCAGAUAAUUAAUUACUAAUGGCUUUCUUAAAAUUAUAAACUAUGCCAGAAUAAAAAUAUAUAUGUUUGUA